CUCCACGACACGGACGCCUCCUCAACGCCGUCCACAGACGACAGGGGGCAGCACUGAGCGUCGACCAGUUCACCCUGCAGGAGCUGCGGCAAGGUCUGAGGCUGGUUUACGUCCACGAUGGAUCUGAGACUCUCCAGGACUCUGUGGAGCUGAGUUUGUCCGACGGGAAAACUCGGUCCUGGGCACGGCCUUCAUCACCAUCCUCCCUGUGGACGACCAGACGCCCACACUCCUCAGGAACUCUGGUCUUGAGGUGGACUCCGGUCAGACCAGGGUCCUGUCCUGCGUGGUCCUGGAGGCAGAAGACCGAGACUCAGACCUGGACCGGGUCUUCUACGUCCUGAGCACAGUCCCCAGACAGGGGGCGCUGCAGAGGAAGAGCGGCUCUGAUUGGUCGGUUCUGUAUCCGGGGCAGAACUUCACUCAGACCGACGUGGAGAUGAACCGGAUCCGCUACGCGCACCGGGUCGAAGGUCACGCAGAGGUCACCGGGGUCACUCCGGGGUCAAAAGGUCACGACAGCUUCAGGUUCAUCCUCAGCGACCGAACCAACGAGACCCCGAUCCAGACCUUCUACAUCCACAUCCGGACCAGAGAGAGAGGGGCGCUGAGGCUCAGUACUCGUCCGGCUCGGAUCACGGAGGGCGAGAGACUUGUCCUGAACUCGAACUAUCUCCUGGCCCAGGACUCCGGACCUCCUCAGGACCUGGUCUACAGGGUCCAGGACGGUCCUCGGCUCGGGACCCUGAGUCUGGUGAGCGCCCCCGGAGUCCCUCUGAAGAACUUCACCCAACUGGACGUGACGGCGCAGAGAGUCUGUUACACUCACGACAACAGCCACCAGGGGGCGCAAGACUCAGUCAGUUUCGUCGUGUCUAACGGCGUCUCUUCAGUCUUUGGGUCUCUGUUGGUUCACAUCGUCCACUUGGACAGAAUCCCGCCCAGUCUGGUCCAGAACUCGGGACUCCGGGUCCAGGAGGGUUCCACCGGGAUCAUAACCAGAUCUCACCUGCUCCUGACCGACCCCGACACCGCCGCGGCGAACCUCACCUACGAAAUCACCCAGAUGCCCCGGUACGGCAAACUCCUGCUGCACGGAACACCGCUGGACAGAACCAACAGGCGGUUCUCUCAGUGGGACCUGGACCGGGCCGGGGUCACGUACCGACACGACCCCAAGACCCGCGCCUCCAUCGACGCCUUCCACUUCCUGCCCACCGACCAAUCAAACACCGGCUUCCUCCUGUACGGACGAAUCAGCACCGAGCCCGCAGUCUUCACCAUACAGAUCGAGCGUCCGGACUCUCCGCCGUCGCUCGUCUCCAGACUCUCGCCGUCGCUGGUCUCGGCUCUGGGCUCCGGACGCUUCGGGAUCAUCCUGGACCGGUCCAACCUCCAGGCCUCAGACCCGGACUCUGACGACCAGGACCUGACUUACACCAUCACCUCAGGUCCUCAACACGGACACCUGGAGAACAUGCUCACAGGUUCGUACAUUCAGAGUCGUUUCACUCAGAGGGACGUCAACCAGAAGUCGGUGGUUUAUUUACUUCCUGUCGACGUCGACGUCACAAACGACCACUUCCUGUUGGUUCUGUCCGACCCGGCGGGAAACAGCCUGCCCCCUCGGAGACUGGACCUGUCGUGGUCUCGGGUGCAGUUCUCGGCCUCAUGUUUCAGGACGUGUGAAACUUCAGGAACUUUACAGAUCCAAGUCCAAAGAACCGGGUCCAGCUCCGACCCGGCGUAUGUCUCUAUACAGGUGGAAGGGGGCGGGGCUAAAGUGGGCGUGGACUUCACUCACAGCUCGGCGUCGCUGCUGCAGUUUGACCCAGGUGUAAAUGUAAAAACCUGGAACAUUUUCCCGAUCGCCGACGGUCUGGAGGAAAACCACGAGUCCUUCACCGUUCACCUGAAAAAACCCCAGAACACAGUCCUCGGAACCAGGACCUCAGCCCGGGUCGAGAUCCUGGACCCCAGACAAGGUCGCUGUGAUCCUUUUGAGACUUUUGAGGACUUCGUUCCAUUGGUCCCUCCUGGUCCAGAUCCUGGUCUCAGUCCUGGUCCAGACCCUGGUCCAGACCCUGGUCCAGAAAAAGACUUAGACCCUGUUACAGAAAUCGAGACCGAGUUGAUCUUUGAACCAGAUCCACGGAGUCCCCCCCGAGGAGACGUCCCCAACCGAGAACUGGACUUCAGCCUGAGGGACCAGGCCUGGACCCAGGACCAAGACCAAACCGGCCUGUACCAGGACCUCAGAGACCAGACGUGGACCCACCCCAAGGACCUAAGGAGGUACCAGACCCAAGUCCAGACCCAGGUCCACAAAGAGACCCGUGUGGACCCGGGACAGAGGGUGCACUUGUCCACAGAGAGGGGGCAGGAGCGAGUCUGGACGUUUCACGCCCUGACGCCGCUCAGAGUGGAGCAGGUCCAGGAUCAGCCGCUCAGAGACGCCCCGGCACCAGCAGAGGGCGCAACAUCCCCACGUGAACCAGCAGAGGGCGCCACAUCCCCACGUGAACCAGCAGAGGGCGCCACAUCCCCACGUGAACCAGCAGAGGGCGCCACAUCCCCACGUGAACCAGCAGAGGGCGCCACAUCUCCUCCUGAAACACCAGGGGGAGCCACUGCACCACAGAGUGUUUGUCCCUCUGGUUCCUGGACUCUCCACAGGAGGCGCUGUUUCCUCCUCAGUUCGUCGGUGGCGUCUUGGAGCAGUGCACAACACUCCUGCUCCCAGCUGUGGAACAGCAGCCUGGUGUCGGUCCAGUCCAGGAGAGACCUGUUCUGGCUCUGGAGGUUCAGCGGGAGGCGUUCGUUCUGGACGGAUUUUCCAGACGCGGUGGACAGAGACGCGGUGGACAGAGACGCGGUGGACAGAGACGCGGUGGACAGAGACGCGGUGGACAGAGACGCGGUGAACCUGUCUGGACUGAAGGGGGCGACGUCUCCUCACUGUGUCCUCAUCAAAAAUCCUAAAAACUGGAUCCAGACGAACUGUUCCACAGACUCAGAACAUCACUUUAUCUGCUCCAGACCAGGUCCAGACCAGGACUGAACCAGGUCCAGACCAGGUCUAGACCAGGUCUGAACCAGGACUGAACCAGGACUGAAAAUGCCUGAAAGGAUCAUUUCAUACUUUUACUGUAAAUUCAAAUUUGUUUAUUAAUAUUGUAUUUUUGUCAUAAUAAAGAAUCAUAAACUUUGUUUUGUUCGACUUUGAAAACACAAAUAAUUCGUCUGAACAGAAUUUGAAAAUAAAAACCUGGGACGUC